AUCUCAUCUAUACAUUUUACUGUUUAUUAUUUUUUUAAUUUCAUUUAUACAAUCUAUUCAUUCUCUUUAUUUAUUAUCAAUAUCUAUUUUUACUUAAAUAAGACUCUACUUCUCUUUGAUUCUUGAGACGAGGAAAGUAUAAUGCAGGGUAAUUGAUUAGUUGGUCGCUUAUCGGAAUCCACUAUCCAGGGUGUGUCGGCAAAACGUACGUGUAUGAUGAGCAUUUCCCGGCAUUGACUAAAAUGCACCAAGGAAAAAUAAAUACUCCAACUAAAUACUACUAGUCCUUUCUUGUUCGGUAAAUUAACUUGUUUAUUUAUGGGAAAUUAUUGUAAUAAGUUUGAAGGGAUGAAGAGUCUAUUAAAUUAAGACAACACACUGACUGACUUUUUACCUUCCCAUUUAAUUUCUUGGUAUAUUUUCUUGUCUCUUUAAAACUCUGCCUUUUCAACUGUCUCUCCCUCCACAAACACCCCCAAAAAAUCUAAUCACUCUCUUAAAUUACCACAAUUCACAAAGCUUCAAUCAAUUAUCAAUGGAGGGCUUGAUCAAGGGUCUCAUCGAUGUAGCGAUCGGCCACCAUGAUAGAGACAACGUCCACGUUGACAACAACAACGACAACAAUGAGAAUUCUGAAUCCAUUGAAGAACGUUCUAGAUCUUCCUGGGCGCAGGUUGUUUCUGGAGAUCAAGAUGAUCAUCAACAAAGUUCUUAUGAUUCUCACCAGAAUUAUCAAACUCAUAAUAAUUCUCCUUGGAAUGCUCCUCAAACUGGGCUUGACAGAUAUCAAUUAGAUGAAAGUCAUGAGAGACCUAACUAUAACCGAAAUGAACAGGUCGAGCAAGAGGAAAAUGCAGAUGGUUGGCAAACUGCCCACAAGAAGCAUCAUAAGAAGACUCAGAGGAUACAUAUGGACCAUUGGGGUGCGUAUAAAAGCCCUCCAAGCGAACAGGAAUACUCUCAGGAAGUUCAGGAUGAUGCUGAAAUGGACCCAUCUGAAGCAGAGCUAUCUGACUACAAAAGAGCCUGUGCAAAGCUUUGGAAACUUGAUUUUAAUCGUUUGACUCCUGGAAAGGACUAUGAACUUGAUGUUGGUGAGGGAAAAAGAGUCCGUGACAGGGAAGACAUGGCCGAAGCCAGUCUCUUUACAUGGGUUAGUGAAGAUGUUCUCCGCAAACCUACCUUCUCUCGUUUCUGUGCGCUGCUUGACAACUACAACCCAAAUGAAGGAUGUAAGGAAAAAGUAACGGAAGAAGAAAGACGAGAACAAGCUGCAUUCAUUGAAGAGAUAAGUAGAACUGCUCCAAUCAAGUACCUUCAUAAGUACCUUUCAAGUAACAGAAUCUUCAAUGGGGAUCGUCAUGAAUUUAAGGAAAUGCUAAUAGAUCUCUGGUUUACUCUCUAUGGUCGGGGUGGUACUUCUGGAUGUUCGUCUUCUUUCGAACAUGUUUUUGUCGGUGAAAUUAAGGAUCGCGGGGAACAGCAAGUCUCGGGUUUUCACAACUGGCUUCAGUUCUACCUUGAGGAAGCUAAGGGGAAUGCGGACUAUCAAGGUUAUAUCUUACCUCGCAGAAACGGGCAGUUUCCGGAUGCUGAGACGCAGCUGCUCACAGUUCAGUUUGAAUGGAACGGAGUCCUAAAAUCUCUCUCGAGCAUGUUCAUAGGAGUAAGCCCCGAGUUUGAACUAGCUCUUUACACACUCUGCUUCUUUGCAGGUGGAGAGGACAAUCACAUAGAAGUCGGUCCAUACCCUGUUAAUAUCAAGUGCUAUCGUAUGGGAAACAAAAUUGGUUCUGCAUUCCCCAUAGCCGAGGAAUAAGGGCUGAAUCAGGACUGCUUCACCUUGUGCCCUUUACGUAGUUGGGAAAGUCUUGUGUGUUUAAACUAUGAUUAAAUUUUCGAUGUAUUUUUAACGGUUAUAAUAUACUAUUUCCGUUUUUUAUUAAUAGCUAUACGCCACCCUUUUAUGCAAGAGUUUUUUAAUUGAAGUGUAGCUAUUAAUAAAUAACGAAGAUAGUAUGUAACUCUAAUGAUUAUAUAUUAGUAUUUAUUACAUUAUUUAAAAUUACUAACUUAAAGAUUUACAAUACUAUUAAAAUCUGCUCAAAAUGUAUGCCAAAAAAGUAUGUGUAUUAAACUUUUAGACGGUGAAUAAUAUUGUUACGUUGUUAGAGAAUAUACUUAUUUUCAAUGUGAUAGUACGAUUGAUAAAAUUUUUGAUAAAAUCA